AAUUAAAUUUUUAUUCUCUUUCUUGUAUUUCUCUCUUAAGAAAUAAUAAUCAAAUCUGCUGCUAAACACCAUUCAUCAGUAGGAAAAGAGAGUUUAGAAAAAUUGAAUCAAGAGCAAAUGGAGGAGGAGGGCCAAGAGGAUCAUGUGAUGAGCGAGGUUCAUCUUGGUUGUCCACCUGGCUCCUCUGGGCCCCAUAUUUCUCAUUUCACCAUCUCCAUCCCGCCUGGUGUUGAUUGUGGAAGACUUAAUAAUCUGUUCAAAGAUGAGCAGGUUCCUAUUCACCAAAUGGUUUGUGUGGAUGAAGAUGGUGAUCUUAUAUUAACCAGACGCCAUGCUCAUCACUAUUUGCCAACUCGUAGUUUUAGUGUAACCAUCCAGCAUAAUAUCACAUCAUCAAUUUCAAAUGUUGGGUUGCAGGUUUGGAAGGCUGAAUUACUGUUAUCUGAUUUUGUGUUGCAUAAGAUGUUGACUUCAUCUGACUUUGAUGAGAUUGUUUCAUUAGAACUUGGAGCUGGAACAGGGCUAGUUGGUAUGUUGCUUGCACAUGUUGCUAAAACAGUGUUCCUAACAGACCGUGGAGAUGAAAUCCUUGACAAUUGUGCAAGUAAUGUUGAUCUCAAUUCUGAAGUGUUAAACUAUCAAGGAAGCAUUCAUGUCCGUGAACUUGAUUGGAUGGACUCCUGGCCACCCUCAACAAGUUCAGGAAAUUCUAUGUGUCAUAAAAGUUAUUCUUGGACAUCCUCGAAUGUUGAAGAAGCUGAGAGAGCUGCUUUACUUGUAGCUGCUGAUGUAAUUUACAGCGAUGAUCUAACUGAUGCUUUUUUCUGUAUUCUAGAGAAACUAAUGUCGCUUGGUCCAAAAAAGGUUUUGUACUUGGCGUUGGAAAAGCGCUACAACUUCAGUCUAGAUGAUCUUGAUGUUGUGGCAAAUGGUUACUCACAUUUCCGAAGUUAUCUUAGAGGGGAGGAAGAAUAUGAAAACCUUAAACACGGAUCCUCCCCUUGUUUUGUGGGAAAAUGUCUUGACCUGUCAUUAAUUCCGCAAUAUGUUCGAGAAUAUGAGAGAGGAAAUGAUGUAGAGCUGUGGCAAAUCAUGUACAAUGCAAGAAAACCUAACUUAGGGGAUUCUUGUGACUGAUAUUGCCAUCUAUAUCUAUUUUCUGUGAUCCAUGGUUUCUCUCUUCGUCUGUGGACAUUAUGGUCGAAAAUUUAAAUGGCUGGACUUGGCGGCAUAGCAAUUCCAUCAGCAGCUAUUGUGGACAGCAUCGCAUUCAACUUUCAAUCCUAUAUAUGUUUAACUCUAUAAAAAGAUUUUCCCGUAUUUUAAUGCAUGUUGAAAUGUACAUGCAUAUAUCUGGAAGUGAGGAAGGGGGCCUUUUCUUGAGCUUGAAUCCAAAUCAAAAUCGCUUGUUUGUUA